GAGCUCAAAGACGCAAAGCUCAACAUGAUAAAUGACCAUUCAUCUAAACUGAACGAGAUAACUAGAUUGGUUAAUAAAGUGCCCGACCAAGCGGAAAUGGUCCUCGAGAAACACAAUAUACCCAUUCUACUUGACUCGAUUUUUCAUGAACUUCAGGCCAUUUCGGCUUCAUCAACCAGACAGUUUAUUAUAGAACAUGGCAUUGUUCGUAGCCUUUACUUCGGCUCGCGGCUCGCCCGUCACGAGUCAAUUCAAGAUGCUCAUAAAGACACAUUCAAAUGGGUUUUGCGCCUACGCCAUAGGAGUAGAAGCUCAUCUGAUCCCCCUAGCACGAUUAUUAGUUGGCUGAAAUCCGGAAGCGGUAUUUACUGGGUGUCAGGAAAGCCUGGGUCUGGGAAGUCAACCUUCAUGAAAUUCGUUGCCGAUCAUCCAGAGACUCAAAUCAUGCUUGACAAAUGGGCAAUCUCGGGAGAGCCUACGGAGUACGUAAGACAGAACGGGUGCAUCACGGCGUGCUUCUACUUCUGGAGCGCUGGAACACAUCUUCAAAAGUCUACAGAAGGGUUACUGAGGUCCUUACUCUUUGAGAUUCUUUCCCGCGAUCCAGACCUUAUUCCAAUAGUCUUUCCUGAGCUGUGGGCAUCCUCAAAAAUGAAUAGAACGGUUAGAGUUCGGAGUCAACGAAAUCUCGGUAUGCAACAUGAUGAUGAACUUCAUCGAGAUUGGACUAUCAAAGACCUGUCAGCGGCGCUGCGCCUUUUGUCUACAGCACCGACAUGUUCAUCAAGGCGCUUCUGCUUCUUCAUUGAUGGGCUAGAUGAAUACCAUGGCGAUCACCGCGAGCUUGCCAACAUGCUACUGAUCAUGUCAACUAACAGGAACAUCAAAUUAUGUGUUUCUAGUCGCCCAUGGAAUGUGUUCGAAGAUACUUUAGGCCAGGAUGCAUCUCAAAAGCUUUAUAUCCACGAACUUACCGAAGGUGACAUACGUAAUUAUACUAUUUCAACCCUCCACAACGAUAGGAAUUGGGUGCGCGAGGUCAAUAGAGAACCUAGAUAUAAUGCAAUGAUCAAAAAGAUAACCGAUAAGGCGCAUGGAGUUUUCUUAUGGGUUUUCCUCGUCGUUCGAUCUCUUCAGGAGGGAUUAAGCAAUGGCGACUCGCUAUUUACACUUGAUCGGAGGAUACAGGACAUGCCAGAGGAGCUUGGCCCUUUCUUUCGACAUAUGCUUUCAUCUGUUCCAUCUAUAUACCAUGUACAGAUGGCUCUCUAUUUCUUAUUUACUCUUAACUCUCCCUUUACGAUCAUGCUUAUGCACUUCUCCUUUAUUGACGAUUAUUUCGAAAACGAGAGCCUUCCGUUCGAUAUUCCGCAAGCUUCAAUAUACAAUCGUAACGACAUCGAUCAACGGUUCGAACAAGCUAAACGUCGACUAAAUGCUCGCUGCAAGGGCUUGCUUGAAGUACACGCGAGCAAAGAUCGUAAUGAGGAACUUCACUUGGUUUCACAAAAGGUCACUUUCCUUCACCGUACUGUAAGGGACUUCCUGCAGACAGACGAGAUGUGGCAUUUCCUCAAAGAAUUGGUAGGGGAAAUUCAAGUUAAUAGGGUGAUAUUCGGUUCUCUUGUGGCACUUUUCAAGAGUCUUCCUCUUCUUUGUCCUAAUCCUAAUAAGUUUGAAUUGCUAUCACUGUCCCAAGCUCUAUACUUCGCUCGCGGAGCUGAGAAAGAAGCUGAAAGGACUACCAUCCAGCUACUCGACGAGCUUCGCUAUGAUGCAACAGGAAAACCAAGCAAUGGUAAAUGGGACUACACGCAGAAGUUCUACUACAACGUUGUUUCUAAUGGACUAUGCAAAUAUGUCUAUUACUUGAUAGACAGAAGCAUAUACGAUUGGGACCCUAUGGAAAUUGCUCUCAGAUGCGCUUUUUCUAACGACCUGGAGAGUCCGGAUAUGUACGACAUGGUAGCAAUGCUUUUGGAUUUUACACCUGCCCUCAGCGAUAAACAAUGGACUGUGUCUAUACGUGGCAUCAGCCAAAUCGAAUGGGACAAAGUCGACAUAGACAUCGCGGAGCGUUAUAAGCGAAUAUUAAGCCUAAUACUUCCUUAUGUUAAAGAUAUGAAGGGCUGGGGUGUAAUUCUUCCUGGAUUUUUUUCGGACUAUAUAUAUAUACGGUCGAGGAGUGUAGCCAAUGCGAGAGCUCAAAUGAUAGGGGAGCUACUUACCUACGAGGCAAAUCCUAAUGACCCGCACGAUGGUGAAACGUGCUGGACGUCGCUGUGCUCUUACCUUCGCAACACAUGUCCGGAAGGGAGUAAUCGCGGAGAUAAUAUUCAUUUGGAAUUCGUAUCGGACAUUACCGAACUACUCCUAAAAGCCGGCGCCGAUACUAGCUGUGACGGUUCGCUGACGAUAGAUGAAGUUCAAUCCCGCUUCCCUACCUCGCUAGCCAAGCCCAUUUGCGACCUACUUCGAGAAAAAGCCGCCGAUGUGCACCAGCCAGAAACCCUAGAACCACCCGAAACCUCCAUAUCAUUUAACUCCAAGUAUUUCGGGUUUUUAUUAGGGGCGUUCAGGAAACACCCCUCAACUUGAAGAUUUUAGGUUCCCUUCAAAUUAUCUCCUCACGAAUAUCCCAAAACGAUAUACGAUUCCUUUUGUACUGUUGGAGUAGAAUUCAGGGGAUUGCCUGGCGCUUUUGAUUUAAAGAGGGUACCUACCUAGGUAUUCGAUGGCGUUUAAAGAAUGGGAGUCGGAUGGCUGAAGAUAGCGGACCGCCAUGUACUUAUACCCACUCCUUCAUGGACGGAUUUCUUAGAAAUUUCAAUUAUAUGCACC